GUCAUUACAAGGCGCCAACCACAACAAACAUUAACAAUUGUCGAACGGGGCGUCGUUUUUACAGUUUCUAUUGAUAUUCUGGCAUUAAUACGGAAACCUACGGUGGGCAGAAAUGUCUGGAAAGGCAAAGGAUAUUCUGCAGCUGGACCUUUAUGGUUUGCUUGGGAUUGAAAACACUGCUACAGCGAAGGAGAUCAAAAAAGCCUAUCGACAGAAAGCUUUGAAAUGCCAUCCAGAUAAGAACCCCGACAACCCAAAAGCAGCGGAGCUCUUCCACCAGUUGUCUCAGGCUCUGGAGGUGCUUACCGAUGCUGCUGCCAAGGCCGCCUAUGACAAGAUUUGCGCUGCCAAAAAACAAGCAGAAGAACGAAACCGCAAACUUGAUGACAAGAGAAAGAAAAUUAAGCUUGACCUUGAGGCAAGAGAGCGACAAGCAGAAGUUCAGACCCAAGAUGAAGUGCAAAUCACAAGAACACUUGAAGAACAGAUUACUCGUUUGAGGGAGGAGGGAUCUAGACAACUUGAGGAAGAACAGAGGCUCAUCAGAGAGCAGAUCCAAAGGGAAAGAGAAGAACAGCAGAACACAGGCGACUAUAUUCACAGAAACUCUGGAUUGGGGAGAUGUUCCAGUAGCAACGUCACCCCUAAAUUAAAGGUAGAUCUGUGUGGUCUUAUUUGGGUGUCAAGGCUGGGAAGAGAGUUGAAGUGGAAGUGUAAAAAGGAUGAUUGUACAAAUGGUGGCUACUGUCAAGACUUCAUUCUUAAACUUCUACGAAAGUACGGAGAUGUUUUGAAUGUAAUCGUAUCAAGUAAGAAGAAAGGAAGCGCUGUGGUUGAAUUUGCAACUGUGAGGGCAGCUGAGCUGGCAGUAAAGAAUGAAAGUGGCCUGAGUGAAAAUCCAUUGAAGAUUUUGUGGCUUGAAGGCCAGCCAGAAGUUGCUCCUGCAUCUCAGUGCAUGUCUACACAGGUGUGUUGCCGUUGAAAGUCUUUGCAUGAGGGAUAAACCAGAGAAUAUCGUGUGUCUACGAUCCUACAACAGCGAGGAGCUUCUCACCAACAUGGAGCCAGCUGGCAUCCACUCGGCAAAAAAUGGCUCCCGGAGGAGAUAUGGAGAGGUUUGAGGCCGGCUAUAAAGUAAAGUGAAGCGAGAGCAAGGACUAAAUGUUGAAAGGAUUUGAACCAUUCCUUCUGCAUGUCUGUUGCUUGCCAUUAGACAAACUAAUGGCUGUUAGACAACUGCACUCGUUUGUUUACAUUCAAACUUGAGCUAUGGCAGCAAAUGCCAGUGACAUGCGCGCUGUGAUCGCAAGAUUACAAUUUUAGCAUUCCGGCACACAUACACACUCAUCGUAGGAGACUUUAGUCAUGUUCCUCUCUCGCAUCUACAUACAACUUCACACAGCAUGUUGAACUGUGCAACAAAAGGGACUCAAACUAUGGACCUCCUGUAUGCUCGAUGCCAAUGUGAAAGGAGCUCUUAUGGACUAAAAUUAAAAAAGAAUAUUCAUUCUUUCUUCUUCUGGUUUAUGUUUUAUGUUACAUCUUAUGUACAACACUGUUACAGCUGAGGGUGUUGUGAAAGUGUUCUUUAAAUAAAGUUGAGCUGUUAUCAAAUAAAACCUGGCCAGCUCUGUGGCUUUAAGAUUAGGGCAGAAUAACCAAAUAACACCAGAAUAAC